UUGACUGCAGGUGCUGCGUGCGCGUUGGAGGCAGUGGAUGCGUCCAGAGCUCAUGCUGGCGGUGGCCAUGAAAGAGACUUGCGGGAAUUAUUUGGAGAACCGGCCACAAAGGCAUUAUGGGGUCACUUCUCCAAUUAGCUUGGCUCCUCCGAGGGAAAUAGAUUACAUCCACACGCAGAAGCUGAUUGAAGCCAUGAAGCCUUUUGGUGUAUUUGAAGAUGAAGAAGAGCUGGAUCGCAGGUUAGUUGUUCUCGAUAAACUAAAUAAUUUGGUCAAGGAGUGGAUUGUGGAGGUUGGAGAAAAUAAGAGCCUCCCAUCUUCAGUCUCGUCAAGUUCUGCUGGCAAGAUAUUUACAUUUGGUUCCUAUCGGCUCGGAGUCCACACAAAAGGUGCUGAUAUAGAUGCUCUCUGUGUUGCCCCUAGACAUGUGGAAAGGUCAGACUUCUUCCAGUCAUUCUUUGAAAAGCUAAAGCUCAAAGAUGGCAUCAGAAACUUGAGAGCAGUAGAAGAUGCAUAUGUACCAGUGCUCAAGUUUGAAUUUGAUGGUAUUGAGAUCGAUCUUGUGUUUGCAAGGCUGGCACUGCCAACCAUUUCUGAUGACCUGGAUCUUCAGGAUGACUCGCGUCUGAGAAGCCUCGAUAUAAGAUGCAUUCGGAGCUUAAAUGGUUGCAGAGUCACUGAUGAAAUACUUCAUUUAGUACCAAACAAGGAGAACUUCAGGCUGACGCUCAGAGCAGUUAAACUGUGGGCAAAACGGCGUGGGAUUUACUCCAACGUGCUGGGAUUUCUUGGUGGUGUUUCUUGGGCCAUGUUGGUGGCAAGGACGUGCCAGCUGUAUCCAAAUGCCUUGGCAUCGACGCUAGUUCAUAAAUUCUUCCUGAUUUUUUCAAAGUGGGAAUGGCCAAAUCCAGUCUUGCUGAAACAACCUGAAGAGAGCAAUCUCAACUUGCCAGUCUGGGACCCCAGGGUAAAUCCAUCCGACAGGUAUCAUCUGAUGCCUAUCAUCACGCCAACCUAUCCACAACAGAACUCUACAUAUAAUGUGUCUACUUCAACUCGAGCGGUAAUGGUAGGAGAAUUCAAAUACGGUCUUGUGGUUAUAGAUGAGAUUCUUCAAGGAAAAUCGGACUGGCCAAAGCUGCUUGAGCCACCCAACUUCUUCCAAAAGUACAAGCAUUACAUUGUAUUGACUGCCAGCUCCUCAACUGAAGAGCACCAUUUGGAAUGGGUUGGCCUGGUAGAAUCUAAGAUCCGUGUGCUUGUUGGAAACUUGGAACGGAAUGAAUUUAUUACCAUCGCCCACGUAAAUCCACAGUCUUUCCCUGGGUCUAAGGAGCAAUACAAAGAGAGCAACUUCGUGACGAUGUGGUUUCUGGGAAUAUUUUUUAAGAAAGCGGAGAAUGCAGAGAGUGUCAGCAUUGACUUAACCUAUGAUAUCCAGUCGUUCACAGACACAGUGUAUAGGCAGGCAAAUAAUAUCAACCUUUUGAAAGAAGGCAUGAAGAUUGAAGCUACUCAUGUGAAGAAGAAACAGCUCCAUUAUUACUUGCCUGCAGACAUAUUGCAGAAGAGAAAAAAGAGUAUGAUGGACAUUGGCCAACAUGCUUGCAGACUUAUGCUGAAAAACACGUCUCUGGCUGUGGAUGAUGGCUGCUUGGACGGUUACAGGGAGGCAAGUGUUGGGACGCAAUGCAGAUCUGUUCCUCCUUUCACCAGCAUGGUACAACCCAGCGCUAGUUCUUCAAAGGAACCUGAAAGGAAUGAUAUCCUUCAAAGAACCACCAUCUUUACGAGCAGAGAGAAGCCACUGAACAUCAUUCAGCCUUUGAUGCCUGCUCGAGGAUUGCUCACUCCAGUUGUUGGUUCACAGUUGGAUUCCACAGUUGCAGCUAACAUCUGCAGCAGCUCCAAGACUGUAGACCACAAUAUGGCUGCUGCAAUUGCCCAUUCCCAGCAACAUUUGGAUGAUGUAGCAUCGGUUAGCAUUAAAAAUAGUUGUGCGCACAAAAGGGGUCAUUCACCUGCUUCAGAAGACUGUUUUAAACGGCUGAGAGACAUAGAGAAGCAGAGCCUUGGAGACACCAUGCCUAUUCCAGCUGUUGGCACAUUAAGAUCACAGCGACUUUCCAGUAAGGAGUUGCCAGAUUCAUCCUCUCCAGUUCCAGCAAGUAGAGUUCAUGUUGUUAAAAAGUCAAUCAGACUGACUCUCAACCGAUAGCAGUGCCUCUUCAGGUAAUGGUUCUGCACCAUCUUAACCGUUCCAAGUUUUUCCAGGCUGCUGUUCCCAAAUAUCAUGGCCUGUGGGUAUACCUCUAAUUUAGAUACUUGUUCCCUUGGACUGGGUCCACUUUAUGUUUGUUGUGCAGAUGCAUAGCUUUAUUUUAAGUCUUGUGUUUAAAUUGCUUGUCUUGAGUGGAAAAUGUUUUUGUUAUAUAAAAAAAAAAAAAGGUCUUGUACCUAUUUUUCCUAAAAGGGGUGGCAUGCAGACUACUUGGCCCUGGUGUGCUUCCACUGGAGUCAGUGGGAUUAUAGUAGUGUGGGCAGUCUGAAUCUCCCUCUUAAAUUUUUCUCUUAACACAAUUAGUUCCUCUAAUCAGGAAAUUGACAAUCAGUCUUAGUGGUCUAGAAGGCUGGAUACUGUUCUGCUAAGCUGAUUGUCGUAGAUGGACUUCAUUAGGUGGUUUUUGUGAACUUAAAUGGAAUAGUUUUAUGCACAGGAGAACCUGUAUGUGUAUGUCAGGGAUGCUUCUCCUUUGAAAGGCAAUCUCGUAGAAUUUGGCACCUAUCUCUAAUGCACUGUGUACAUGUCCCAUUAAUGCUGUCUCCCAUGGAGGCCCACAAAAAAACCUAGGACACAAUCCAGCCAUAGUUUAAGAACAUAAAAGCUCCAUGGAUAUUAAUGAGAGUUGAGUAUAGCUUCCUUCCUUCCCCUCCCCACCCCUUUUGAAAUCAGUGAGAGUUAAAUGUGAUUAAAUUUUAACUGGAUUGCACUCUGGGUUUUAAAAAUUAAAAAUUCAAUCAGAGUCUUAAUAUCUUCCACAAUACUGAACUGCCAAGAACGAUUUUUGUCUCUUGAACUUUGGAACUGUUAAAGCCAUUGCUCUACGGCCUUAAAACUCAGGCCAAACGACUUGUGUUAUCUGCUGAAAUCUCAAAACCAUUUCCCAAAUCUUGUCCAGAACUCAUAAAAUCUCUUGACCUGCAAACAAAAUAGCGCUACCUAUUUUGCCAACUGUGGCUAUGAACACAGGGCUGGAAUCUUGAGUUUUACUGAGGUUUGGACAACAUGCUAUUGUGAAUAACUUGCCUAGAAUCAACACUGCCCAGUUUAACACCAUUGCACUCCUUAUGUUGCCAUACUGUUUUUGAGAAGUUCACUCUCCACCCCUCAAGUCAAUCUCCAAAAAUGUUAGGAACAAAUGUAGUUUACAAAUCUUAAAUUAUGUAUUGUCUCAUGUUUUUGUAAAGAGGAAAAAAGAGUAAUGUAUAUUCAGAGUAUUUUUGUAUGUAUUGUAAAAUAUCAUAUUUUCAAAGAAAAAUUUAAAAA